CUAAUUCAAAGAAACAGCUGGGCAAGUUCCCUUUCUCUGUAGGAAUAAUUAUCAGCCCCCUCUCCAUGGCCCACCUGGGAGCUCAUUUUGCCUUUAGAUCCCGCUGACAGAAGACCGAUGAUGAACUCCGUCGACAUAGCAUGUCCUUUAUCCUCCACAAAGCCAUUCGCAAUGACUUCUUUCAGAGCUAUCUCUACCUGCUGGAAAAAAUUCCCCUGGUGAAAUUGUAUGCUUUAACAAGUCAAAUCAUCAAUGGUGAGAUGCAGUUCUAUGCCAGAGCUGAACUUUUCUACCAAGAAGUACCUGCUACAGAAGAGGGUAUGAUGGGAAAUUUCAUUGAACUGUCCAAGCCAGAUAUCCAGGCUUCUUGGGAAUUUCUUAGGAAAUAUGUUGGGGGCCCCGGGCGAGCUGGGACAGACUGUGCCUUGGGUUGCGGCUCUGGGAUAGGAAGGGUCAGCAAGCAUGUCUUGUUGCCGGUUUUCAACAGUGUGGAGCUGGUGGACAUGAUGGAAUCGUUCCUCCUCGAAGCCCAGAACUAUCUGCAGGUCAAUGGGGACAAGGUAGAAAGUUACCACUGUCACAGCCUGCAGGAAUUCAUGCCCCCAUUGGGCAGAUACGAUGUCAUCUGGAUUCAGUGGGUCUCUGGGCACCUGACUGAUAAAGACCUUCUUGCAUUUCUUUCCCGGUGCCGAGCUGGCCUGAAAGAAAAUGGUGUCGUCAUACUGAAGGACAACGUGGCUCGGCAGGGCUGUCUCUUUGAUCUCUCUGACAGCAGUGUGACUCGGGACAUGGACACCCUCUGGAGCCUCAUUAGGAAGAGUGGGCUGGUAGUGCUGGGCCAGGAGAAGCAGGACGGUUUUCCAGAGCAGUGCGUCCCGGUGUGGAUGUUCACGUUGCACAGUGAUGGACAUUCCUGACUGGCAGUGGAAUGCAGGGCUGGGCUGCACAGGGUGCUUUGGGGCAGAGGUCCUCUCCUCCUAGUUCAUGAGGUGAUGGAGAGAAGAGAUGCAAUGCAUGGCUGGAAAUGAUGUAGUAUGUACAAGUUUCCACUAAUUUUAUAAGGACAUGCACACACCCAAUGGAUUUUCUGGACGAUAUAUAGAGUGAAACAUCAGGAAAAUUGUUUUAAGAACUGCUUGUAUACACCCAAACUAUACAAGUGAACACAAAAACAGAAAAGAGAUCAAUGUUAAAUUCUAAACUGUCUUGGUCUGUGAAGAUUUGCAUUAUGGAGUAUCCCGGGAUGGGUGGGUUCAAGUCUAGACCCCCUUUCUCUGCCCUCAUGCUAGUUACAGUCUAUUUCAUUCCUCGUUAGGACAGCUACUUCUCUUAGA